GGGGAAGGGAAGAAACUCUCACUGAGUCACAUCGAUUCAGUUCACUGUCCUGUUUUCUCUGGAUUUCCCACAACUUUCUCAGCGACCAAACAGAUUCUCGUCCGCAAAAAAUCAAUGGCGACCUCGUCGUUCUCCUUCCUCACUGCUAAGCGAAACCUCUUCCUCCUCGCGGCCAUCUGUCUCCUCCUCGCACCUUCCGCUCGCGCCACCGAUGUCAAGUACUGCGAUGCCAAAGCCAACUAUGCCGUGAAGGUCGAAGGAAUCAAAAUCACUCCUGAUCCUGUGAUUGCUGGCAAGCAGGCUAAUUUCGCAAUCUCAGCUUCCACUGCUGAGGCUAUCGCUGGUGGGGAAGUGUUGCUUGAGGUUUACCUGCUUGGGUUCCGUGUUCAUUCAGAGACCAGAGACCUGUGCGAGGAUAUCUCGUGCCCUAUUGCUGCUGGCGAUUUCCUGCUCUCUCACUCGCAAAGUUUGCCCGGAUUCACUCCACCAGGCUCCUACACCCUGAAGAUGACACUGAAGAACAGUAAGAAGAAGAAGCUCACUUGUGUCAGCUUCGACUUCAGCAUCAGCUGGUGGGCUUUGGUCGCCGACUACUGAGUUCCAGGUCAAUGGCCAACCUUGAGUAGAUGCAUUGAUGGCGCUCCAUGUUUCGAUCCGGAGUUCAGUUUUAUGAGCCAAAUGCAAUCUCUUCAAGAAGGGCUUUCAUGUGUUUGUUUAUAAGAUGAGACAAUUGACGAUACAACUGUUUAUGUGAAGCACCUGUGAAUGUUCGUGUUGGUUCUGUGUUUGUAUGAUAAAACUGUUUACGUUAAGCACCUGAGAAUGUUCGUGUUGGUUCUGUCAUUCUGUGUUUGUAUGCGUAGUUUAAACUAGUAGCUAAUUUCUAAUCCAUACAUUAGACUACUCCAAUGCAUGUGUGCUUUUUAAAUAGAUUAUUUUGUGUCAAUUAUGGCAUCUAUGGAUUGGAAACUGAAUGGAUGAUGUAUUUCACAAAUCUGCAAAGCAAACCAGUGUGUCGAACUCAAAUCCAUGAGACGCAUGGAUGUCUCAUGGAUUUGACCCAUGAUGAAUUUGGCAAUUCUCAUUUCAUAAA